CGAUCGCCAGAAAGUGUCUUUUGAUAAUUAUUUCAAGUACCUAUGGCGUGUUGAUAUGAUGAUGAUCGUAGGUCAAAUCAAUAUUUUCGGUCGUUUAGUGCGCUCUUACGAGGAGAGGGCAAGUUCUCACGUCGAUGUACUUUUGUCUGGUAACGUUUUGUAAAUUUUCUUGUCGACCGCAAUCGAUUCGAUUAUUAGUUGUCCAUCGUCUCGGUCGAUUAACAAUCGAUUGCGAACCAAAUGAGACCUGGUAGAAGCGUUGAUAAAAAUUAUUAAAAUGAUACUACAAUAAUAUCCUCGGUCGACUCGAUUACGGGAAUACUAUGCAAGUGUGUCGUCGGAUCGCAGCAGAGUGCUGUUGAUAUUUCGUCUAUGUUUUUUGAUCGCCAUCAGCCUUUCGCGUCUGUCGUCAUAAAAUGGUAGUUCAUAAGGUGCCUACAAAUCACAUGAACGAUGAUCAACAAAUUCAACAAAUGGUGACUCAACAGCCCACCAGUUUUCACAGGUCUUCCAAGCCCAUGCCGCUUGUCCGACAAGCACCAGUUUUCGACUUGGAAGUCAUAACCAGCGAUAGUUUUGUCCCAUGGAAAAAUACUUUUAACAUGCGUCAAGUGACCCUCGCUAAUAUUAUUGAUGUAGCCAAUGGUAACGACAAAGCAACUACGAAAGCGGCCAAGAUGCGUGCCAAAAACUUGGUAAAUGCUGCCAAAUCUUUGGAUUUGCUGCGACAGAAUUUACAAAAUUCCAUUAAUAAAGAUAUUGAUAAUGUUAUUAAAAAGUAUUUAACGACAUAUUUCGGUUUGGCCAUUGACAAUGUUAAAACCAAUUUGGGUUCAAAUUGUGUGACCGAAGAUCAUGUACGAGAAGUAUGUAGGACAAUGUUAGAUGAAGCCAAAUUAAUGUAUUCAAAUCCACCAUUGUCUGGUAGCAACUCACCGUUCAAUACUGCACAAACUACAGAUACACUUAUUGAAUCACGAUUUGCAAAACAACAUUCCAAAAACAGAUCUCUACUCAAACGCAAAGAACCACCUGCUUCAGAAGCAGAAAACAACCUUUCUCCUUCAGUUGAACAAACAUCUCAGCCACCGUUGGUAAAAUUUCAAAGAUUUCAAUCUGCUUGGGACCCAACAAAAAUCCACUCUCAAACAUUAUUUGUAUUGGCCACCAGGGCCAACAAGAGAGGAGGUCGUAUGUGCAAUAAACAUCCAGAACUGUUUCAAUAUACCAUUGACUUGGAAGAUCGAGAAUGGCUGAUGAAGCAGAAAAUGUUUGUCUUGCCAUCACCUUCAACUGCUAAUUCCACUUCUAUAUUGUUAUUGGAUGAUGUGCAAUUAAUAUUGAGUAGUGUGAAUUACAAAAAUAGUCCUCACGAGCUUAAAGGAUUUGAAUUACCUGAAUUUAUAUUGAACAAAGUACGAUCUACAAUGAUUCUUAAUAAACCUCCUGAUAUGCAAUCUCCUCAACAAAUAAUUAUUACAGAAAAUGGUGAAAUCGAAGAACAAGCAGCGUGCAGUAUUACUUUAAAUGAAAAUACAAAUUCUUCUAUCUCUCAAUCAGCUGCUCAUUCAGAAUCAAGUAGUAUAAUAAUUUCAGGGACAUCUACAACACUCGCUGAAGCGUUGAAUAUGCUCGAGUAUGGUGAAAGAUUACCACAGCACAAUGAGAUUCCACAUUCAUCACCUAACAAUAAUUCAGGAUUAGCAACCUCACAUUCCACUCUGACUGCGCUUUUAGCUGCUGAAAACAAUUUCAUGCCCAAUAGCAGUCAAGCUAAUAAUACACAAUUUGGAAUGUAGUACUUCUUACAGAAUU